AUGGCGUCAGAUAGAGGAGGCUCUGUCAGCCUCAAUCGAGGCCUAAAUUCUGCGCCCGGAAUUGCCGCUCUUUUCCUCAUACACUUCGACAUUAAAGCUGGAUACACUGUGGAGUGGCACCGAAACCUGCCGCAUGUCACUUUACAAGACACCGUUGAGUUCAAAUCGCUCCCGUCUGGCUCACAUAACGUGAAUGAGGAUCUCGUAUACUUCAUCCAAGAUGAUCAUGCUGGUCUGAGCGCUUUUAUCAACAAGCCUGCCGGAGAGAGCGAAAGGAAUGCCCUUAUGUUAGCUGUUGGUGUUUUGGUUCCAUUAAGCCAUGGAAGACUGGGCAAGGCCUGGAGACAUGCUGCAAGUUUGAAGGAGCUGGCUCAAAUGCUUGCGGACGAUUACAAAAACAUCGAACCCCUAGAACAGUAUUGGGACUUAUUCCAAUUACCAAAAUGCGAUAAUGAGUCCCCUCCCGAAUCCCCUAUAGCCUCUAUCCCGAACCUGAAGCCAAAUCAUGCUCAAUAUCCGGACGAUCCGCAGCGAAGCCGUACACUCAGCGAUGCCGCGGCAUUAUUAACCUCAAAGCAGGUUUUGGCACCCUUCCAUCCCGCAUUAUCUCUUCCCGAUUUCAAGAACUCAUUUGGGCCAUUGAUGUUUCCAUUAUACCGGGCGGCUUUGUUAAGAAAGCGUAUUCUCUUCCUUGGGGAUUCUCCUGUCGAGACCUCUUGCGAUUUCGGUAAACUAUCAUGCCUGCCUGAGCCUAAAUUUAUCACAGCUAAUGACCUCGAAGUAUAUGAUCUAGCCCUACUUUCAUCCCUCCCUCAAACGAUAUUACCAUUCCUUCCAUCAACUGGCCAUCCACCCCUCUGGCCCCGAUCGCUUUUCAAUGUCGGUGUUCACGAUCUGCCGUAUUUAUCGACAUUAACGCGAGAUUCAACUGACAAAGGAGACGGGUGCUUUAUAGCAUGCACAAGCGACCGGGUUCUAGGCGUAAAACCUGAGCUCUACGAUGUUCUUGUCGACCUGCCUCCUUCCUAUUCUAAGGAUGCUCCAGAAAAGAUGUACCCAAAGCUGAGCCUCACACCCUCGCUCUCACUUCCAUCAAAGCCUUCAAAAGCUCUUCAAGUAAAGGCCACUCAACGAGAUGUCCGACGAUUUUGGGCUCUCAGGGAAGGACUGAAGGAUUUGCCAUGUACUCACGCGGCUGCUGAACAAGAUGAGGAGUCCGAUGCCGCAUCUACAUUUUCAUCCAAUUCACUUGUCGAGCCUCUUUCCUGGCCUGUGUUGGCCUAUACAUCUUUUAUUUGGUGGGCCUCUGCAGGUGAAAAAGGAGUUGGCCAGUCUGAGGAGGAGAAGGAGCAAGAUCUCAGAUUACUAUUACCAGAUGAUGACAGCAUAUAUUCCCCGUGUGGCCGUCGGGGCAGUAUUUCUUACCCGGAGCGAGAUACCCGGACUCAAGAGAUCGCAAUGAUAACGUAUUUCCGUCGUCUCACGACCCAAAUAUUUGCGGUUCUUUUUGACGUCGUAAGCCGCCAGGAUGAGGAAGAAGGCGAACUUACGAAUGAUGCAUUGCCUAACCCCCUAGCGGAAUCUGACGAUGGUGAGUAUGAGGAUGAAUUGGAGCACUCCGCACCCGCAACGAAUGAUGGGGACAUUCAACCACUGCUAAACCCCGAUACAAGCCCAGCUAUUAGAACAGGAGUCAAUUAUGAUGAAAACAAACCCAUCAUAGCGACUACAGCUGAUAUGGUGCAAAUGGGCCUUGAUCCGUGGAGUGAAUCGGAUAGAAUGUUUGUUGAAGAGCUGAUUCACGUGUGGUGGGGCCGUCAGGGGCAAGUUCAAGGGGCAAGAAUUCAAUGUUGUGGAGUGCGAAUUCUUUAG